CUUUUGUAUCAUCAUCACCGACUCCAUGAUGACUACUCUUUCUAAUCGUGCUGCUCGUAUUGCUGAACCGGGAAAGAGUCUCGAGUUGGUCGAUGUCGAAGCUCCCCGUCCGAGACCUGGUCAGGUUCUCAUCAAAAACCAUGCCGUUGCGAUCCAGCCACUGGAUGUCAAAAUGCUGUUGACGGGGUAUGGGCCCAAGUUGGGAUAUCCUGCCGUUCUUGGAACAACUGGCGCAGGGGUUGUCGAAAAGUUGGGAGACGACGUGACGGACUUGAACGUUGGCGAUCGCGUUGUCUUCGAUACGACCGCUUAUAUCGCCGUGAAUAAUAAUUUGCGCAGCGGCACUUGGCAGAAGCUGGUGAUUGCAGAUACCAAAACAGUAGCAAAGAUCGGCGAUACACCCUUCGAGCAGGCGGUCUUGAUCCAUUACCCCUUGCAGACGGCGGUCGCUGCUCUCCAUAUAUUCCUGAAGAUGGGAAAACCAGGAAGUGGCAGCUCUGAAGACAAAGUUCUCAUCUGGGGUGCUGGCGGCGCGGUCGGUUUAUACGCGGCGCAGUAUGCGAAAAGUGUUGGGCACACUGUAGUCGUCACCGCGUCGCCACGCGAUAGCGAGCGGCAAAAGAAGCUUGGUGCAACAGCUGUGGUCGAUUACAAAGCCGCAGAUGCUGUUGAACAACUUCGUAAAUUGGGCCCUUUCCGGUAUCUGUUCACUGCCAGCGGGGAUCCAGCGUCUCAGCAGACGCUGGCGUCAUUGAUUCCGCCCUCAGAAGGUGGGCAAUUUGGCAGCGUGCUUGCCGGCGAUGUGGAUCUACCUGCCAACGUUCAACGAAUCUAUGGAUUUUUCACUGGCGCAUCCCAGGUAGACGAGAACACUGACUACCGUGAUUGGUAUUAUCAAAAGUAUCUUCCAAAGGUCUUGCAGGAAAAGCUUGUUGAGCCCGCACAAUUCACCAUAGUAGAGGGUGGCUUGGCGGCGUUACAGCAGGCGUGUGCAGACGUUCACGAUGGAAAGGUUCGGGGCAAACUCAUCGUUGACCCGCAAGAGUCACACUGUAUAUAG